CAGAAAACAGAAAAAAAGAAAAAAUUAUGUACACACAGAAAGGAGGGAGACACUCUUUACCUUGAACUUAGAUGUGGAGACCAGAUCUGCAAGCAAACCUACAAAAGAACUGCUUGAACUAUUGUGUUUAACUGAAAUCCUAGCGUGUUUAUUGAAGAAUAACAACAUAUGAUUUCAGCAUUAAACAGUUCUCAGUCAAGCCAACAUAACAUUAUAAAAUUGGGGAAAGCUUACUGAACAACCUACAGUAGGCCUACAUUCUAUAGGAUCCCAAGUGUCUCCAAAAUAUUUUUUGCGAAGAGUCAAAAAUCUGUCACUUUUCUUAUUUGUAGCAACAACUUUGUUUCAAUGAAAUAAAAAUUGUUUCAAUAAAAAAUACCACACAGAAAAUGGCAUACAUUUGAUACAUUUAUUAUAAGUGCUACAGCUAUUAGCCUAAUUAUUGCUUUGAGAUCAAAGGGCUGAUGUUAUCUUGUAAUAAAUGAAACUUCUCUUCGUUUUGAUUUAAAGAUCUAUAAGAAAUAUUUAAAUAUGGGAGACUGAGACGGCACGGUUUCAAAUGUUGUGCAAUUGUGUCAACUAACCCCAACACAACAAUAGUUUCUUUCUACACAGUUUGAAGGAAGCAACAAACAGAAAUACUGACUUGUAACUUUCCCGUAUGAUAUUAUCAUAUUUCUACAUUCUUUAUCUUGACUGACAUUCGCUCCGCAUCAGUAGGAGGCGCUCACAUGGCUAAAAUAAACACAGACGCCGUCACUACAACGUGAAGAACACACAGUUCGCGCCAUUUUUGUAAUGCCUAAAAGCACAGAGUUGAACUUAAGCUUAUUUACCUACUGAAGAUGGAUGAGGACGAGGCACAAAAACAGAGGCUUAAAGCUGCUGUGCACUACACUGUCGGCCGUCUCUGUCAAGACAUCGCCGCUGACUGCGAGAAACAAAUCACUAAACAGACAAUAGCAGCUAUCGCAGAGACUGCGUUCAGACAGUGCGAUAUAUUUGCCAAGGACUUGGAAGCGUUUGCGAGGCAUGCUAAACGACACACAGUUACAGUGGAUGAUGUGAAGCUGACAGCGAGGAGAACCACUGCACUGUACAACUACAUUCAGCAGAAAAGUGAAGAACUGGCUUUGAACAACCAAGAACUGAAGGAGAAGAGGAAGAAGAAUGCUGCCAAGAGGAAGAGUAAAGACAUGGAAGCUGAGGAGGAGAAUGAGCUUGAAGACUGAACAAAAUAAAUGUACAAAUCCUCAUUAUUGAAAUUUGAGUUUUAGAGAGUACUUGGUUUUUGCAUGUAGUAAUAAAAUAGCUGUGCAUAUAUUUGUACAUAAAUCACAUUCAAUACUAAACACCAAUAAUUUUUUUACUCAAACAUGGGUUCAUUUGUGUUUUAUUGUAAUAAAGAAUUCUGUAAACAUCUCUUUGUUGGGAAUAUAAAGUGCUAUGAAACAAUACAGAUUUUUAGAUUCAUACAAUUUAAAAACAUGGACCUGGAAAAAAAAGACUUUAACCUGCAUUUGGCUGCAUUUUAAUAUGAUGAGCUGCUUUCUCGAAACCAGAUCAAGCCUAAUACAGAUUGAAAUGUACUGGGCUUGAACGGUUCUGAGAAAAGCACUCAUCCUGAAGCAUCUAUUAAAUUCUGCUAGAGUCUACCGUGUCCAUGGCUGUUACCAGAGAUGCAGAACCACAGCAUCCUCCAUCUUCCUCCAUCCCCAAACGGACUUCCCGCCUGGGUUUCAGUUGCGGCCAGCCAUAUUCCAGGCUCCUAAACGUGUGAAUUCAAUUAGUAGUGUGGUAUUUGCUCUCAAAUAUCACGUGACAAACCAGUAUGAGAAAACGGCAAUCUAUUCAAAUUAGUUUUAUUGAAGCACUCCCUUCAUUUGACAAGUCAUAUAAAAUGCCUUUGAAAACACUGAGUGACGUUAUCUAGAAGGAAACUCCACAGACAUCCACAGCACUCAACAUACAGGUCGCACUUACACCAUCACUCAUGAUUUCCCCCUCAGUGUCCACUGAAGAUGUCAUCCACAUCAAAGUUCACACUUACAGGUCAAGUUACAAGGAAAUAAAGCACACACACCAUACAGCAUUCAGAUGGGAUUAUAGAAGCAAGACAAAGAAUGCAUCAUCAACAUCAUCAUCACAACAUUCCACUAACUAUAUAAGCACAUUGUCAGUAUACUAAAGGGGAAAAGCAAAACGGGGGAUCUAGGGAGAC